AUGAACGAUACCACAGAUUACUGUGAUCUUCGCGUAGAGCCCUCGAAGAAUGGAUCCUUAGGUCCGCUUCUUUCGGAAAUCACAGAAAAGGAAGGAAUGGCUUUCAGCCUGGCCGUGCAUGCCCAAACUCAAACUCCGACAAGUCGGCAUCGCCCAGCUGGCGCUGGUUCUUUCUCUCUUCACCCUCGUCGUCCUCAUCAUCGUCACGAACAACCGCCAGCUUCUCUUCACAGUUUCACCUUAUUCUUCUUUCCCUGCGCGGUCCAGAUUUACAGGGUUCGAGUAUGUUUUCAGUAUGAUUUGUUAAAAAUUACUGUUUUACAAGAAGUUUUUGUGAGUGAGUUAGUAAGUUGAGUUGAUUUGACAGCUUUUUCAAUUUUUCCUUUGCGGGUUAGGAAAUGGUUUCAACGCAGGGGACUAGUGACUAGAUCACUGAAACCAGUUCUUCUUCUGGAUUAAAACUCUGUGAUUAGAACCGCGGCGAAAUAUCAAUUUAGUUCAUAUUAAAUAAGGCUAUCCAAAGAACCUAUUUUUUGAAAAUGACUAGGUGGAUUUUUUUUUUUGAAUUGAAAAUUUUUCUCUCUCCCUCUUGAUGACUUAUGAUGAAAAAAAAGAAGUAAUCAUAAAAGCCAAACCUGGUUUGAAAGUUUUCCUUUAAGCAAAGCUUGCGGAGUAUUCGAUGAAGAUGCAAUUAACGAUGAUGAAGAGUUCAACUACGAGGAAAUCCACGCCAAAUGGGUGGCGAAAAAUGUCAGCCGUGAAGUAGGGCUUCUCCCUGAUUCGAUAUAGCAUAAAGUUCUCGAUUGACAGAAUAAAUUCCACCGCCGUCUCCGACUACACGCCGCCUACAGGACUCGACGUCACUACGCCGUCCAGAUCACUUCCCUGAAUCUUUUCGGGUUUUUUUUCCUUUUGUUUUUCCCUCAACUUAUCCAUUAUUUCCAGUCAACAAGUUUAUUGCCGCUAUUACGAUUGCAAGCGAAAUGAACUUGGUAAGCCUCAAAAAUCGCUGGUUUUUCCUGAAACGACCGUGUACUGCCCGAAGCGAAGAGGCGCUGUCUACAUGUCCCUGUCCAAGACGGAAACCGACAAUCCUGAGAAUGCAGUUCCACUGAUCGACCGAACCAUGAUCGGUAAGAAAGCUACUUUUUUGAGUUCCUAUGUUAUUUUUUUCCCUAGAACCACAACAUUUUUUGACAGUCUGCAUGGCACCUAUUUACGGUGAUGAGAUCAAGUGGAUACAAAUAGCAGAGUUCAUCGAGCACUACAAACUGCAGGUGAACUAAUUAUUUUUCUCAGAAAAAAAGGAAUUUUUUUUCGUGUAGGUUUUUUUUUCAUGCCAGACACGAAUUUAAUUUUGUUUUUUUUAGGGAGCCACCUUCUUCUACGUUUAUCUUAUCGAAAUAGAUAACUACAGCCGUGUGAUAUUGGAAGAUUACGAAAGGUAGAUAGAUACAACUGAAAAUAAAACUGUAACUGGUCUGCUAGACGCGGGGAAAUCGAAAUCGUCAAUAUGUACGACGGCUAUAAUAGAACCAACCGAUACUGGCACAUGGUGCAAAUACACGUUGGUUUCUUUUUUGAAUGAGGGGAAAAAGGCUUGACAGGACUGUUUGCAACGGAACCGCCAUAUCUCCAAAUGGACCGCAUUCGUGGACCUCGACGAAAGGCUUUUCAAUUUUGGCAUGACCAUCCACAGCUUCCUUAAGUCAGGUUUUCCCCAUCAUAAGUUGAGAAAACUGUUAGAUUACUUUACUAUUUUCUGAAUGACGAAUAACCAUUCCAAAUUUGAGAGCUUCUUUCAAAACAAAAUUAGUUUACACAGUCUUAAAAUGGACUUUCUCUGCGAUCAUUCAAGAAGAUUUUCAAUUCAAAACCGAAUGUCGUCCAAAAAGCCUAAUUUUUUCCAGCAACGAGGUGAAGAACAACACGAUAGCGAGUGUUCAAUACCGUCAGCGGUGGAUCAUGAAGACAGAAGACUCCCCUGCCAAGUUUGUCGACGAGGCAGAGACGAUUAGAUGGAUGCCGACGGUACGAUACACCAACACUUCGGCCGUUGGACCCAAGGGUCACACAGCCAAAUGUAUUGUACGUCCCGAAAAAGUAUACUCUCAGUAUGACCGCUUUCGAAAUAACCUUUUCGUCUAGAUUGGAGCUAUGUUCAUUCAUUGGCCCUUCGCGAUGUAUCCAGGUUAUUCGCAAUGGCAAAUAAAACCAGAAGAAGGCGUCGUUAGGUAUUCAUCAAACUUUUCAUUUGGGUUUUCAAUAUGUAUCAAAAAUUAUUGGUUUCUUUCCACUUCCCACUUACCGAAUUGGUUUCAUUUUAAAGCUAAAUAUUUUCCAGGCAUUACCGCGACAUAAGGUCUGGCGACUGGGGGAAGAAAUGGCUUGGUGGCGUCGCGAAAUUUGGAAACUUUUCAGACACUUUUGUGGAAGAAAGUUACCUUCGAAAACUUAAUAGGGCCGUCGUUGACCGAGUUUCAGAAGUUUAUGGAAAAGUUGAGUAA